ACAAUACUUGGCAACAGGCAAUAAGAACAGAAAUAGUAUUUAUUCUCUGCUCCUAUUGGCGAAUAUUUUCUGUUUCUGUUGCCUGUUGCCUAGCAUUGUGCAAGGGGGCUUUAGUCUAUCAGCUGUUGCACGGCAUGCAUGGGCAUGCAGUCGUUUUGAAAAAAAAUUUAUAUACAUACAAAUACAAUGGAUUCUAUUAAUGAUUCGGUAACGAAAUUAAAUACGCAAUUGAAUAAAUCUAUGGUGUUGAUGGAAGACGCUGUAGAUAUUCCGUCUCAAAACCAUAAACGUAAAUCUAUUACAAUCAAUACAGAAACGCAACCACUUAGUGCAACUAAUAGUCCUGCUGUUAAAUCACGUAAGAGUAUCUUGAAAAAGUCUGACAAAUCGUUCGACGAAGAUUCAACGAACAAUGGAGUUGCUGGAAUAAAUGGUAGUACUGAAGAAUUAAACAAUGUAACAUCUCAAAGAUUAUCGUCAUCUAUCUCAGUUUCACCAAGACCACGUACCCUUCAAGAAAUAACUGAGAAAGAAAUGCUGGAAGAAGAAAAUAUAUGCUGUACAUUUAGUCUGGAAGAUAUAUCCGAUAACGAAGACAUUUGGAUCAUGGAUCUUCCCAGAUCAAUAGAUCCGCAAGAACUGUGUGGUCAAAUGAUAUCCUUAGAAGAUAAAUCAAAAUUUAAAAUUAAAGACGAACGAUAUUGUAUGGUUGCGCAAAACACAAGCUACAAUGUUACAUGUGUUUUUAAUAGCGAGAAGACUUCACACAUGUAUAAGACUGUAAAUAUCAAGCCAGCUGGUGUAUUAUCUAUAAGGAAGAAGUUAUCCGGAGCACCAGACAUAAAGCCGGUAUCUGUAGAAAACUUUGGUGUGCAGUUUCCUAAUUUAAAAACAAGACAUCCAUUGUUUGGUGUUAUUCGCGAACGUAAAAAGAAAUCGAGAAAACAUAGCUUAUCCAAAAUAAACUAGCAAUAUAAUAAAACACGAAAGAAUGUUAUAUACAAAAAUUCUUGUAUCAAAUCUCAUUUUAGACAUAAUUGUGUAAAAAAAUGAGGUAUUUGAUACAAGAAUAUUUGUACUUUGUAUCUACACUUGUAUCUUUAUGAACACAUUUGUCUGACAAACACAAAUCAUACGAUAAACUAUUCAGUGUAUUAGAAUAAAACAAUUAUAUUAAGUAUUCUAUA